AUGGAUGACCUACGAGUGUUGUGGAUUCGCGACCGCGUGUACAAGGCCUUCAGCUUCACCGACCCCGGCCUCUUCGAGGAGCUGCUGUCCCGCGACGACGGCGAGGCCGAGGACCUCAUCCUACACUUCCUCAACCAGAUCAGCGACGAGGAGGCCGCUGCGACGCUCUUCUUCUACCGGACGGUGGUGCCGGAGGAGGUGGAGGUGGAGAUCGACAGUGAGCUGCCAGUCCCAUCCGAAGAGGAAGAUGAGGAAGAAGAGAUUGAGCCCGUGGAUAAAAUAUCAGCUAAGAAUUUACAGCCAAGUAUGGAUUCCGUAGAUCAGCCUUUAAUCGCCACAGCGGAGGGAGACAUGGCCAGAGAGAUGAUAGAAAAACUGCCCAUCAAGAAAAUUGUUAAGCACACUGUGGAAAGGAUCCACCUCCACGUGACUUGUACUCCUGUUCCUGAGGAGUUUCUGGACCAGAACGUGCUGUUUUUUCUCAGAAAUACUAAAGAGGCAAUUACCGAAGCUACGGACAUGAAGGAAGCUAUGGAAGUCGUGCCGGAAACACUGGAGUAUGGAGUUAUAAAUGCUCAUGUGCUGCACUUUCUGAGGGAUAUCAUAGGUCAGGUCUUUUUGCCGGCUUUGUCGUUCAAUCAACACAAAACGGAUACAAGUGUGGGAUUAACAGACGGUUCCGAUUCUUCCGAGUAUGAGAUGAACCUACCCAGCAUGCCAGGGGAAGCCGUGGAGUAUCACAGUGUUCGGUUAAUACGAGAUGAAUUUCUGAUGAGCAUUCAGAAGUUUUUAAAUAAUAUUCAAAGAACCAUGCAGCAACUUGAAGGCGAGAUCAAGUUGGAGAUGCCCAGCAUCAGUGUGGAGGGGGAGGUGUCUGAGCUGGCCGCUGACCAGGAAACCGUUGAUAUCUUGGAGCAGUGUGUGAUAAACUGGUUGAAUCAGAUCUCUGAAGCUAUUGAGGGCCAGCUGAAGAAGACACCCCAGGGUAAUGGUCCCUUGGCCGAAAUUGAUUUCUGGCGGGAAAGAAAUGCAACCCUAAGUGCGCUCCAUGAGCAAACAAAGCUUCCAGUAGUCAGAAAGGUCUUGGAGGUGAUGAAGGAAUCGGACUCAAUGCUUGUGGCCAACCUGCAGCCAGCUCUGACCGAGCUAUUCAAAUUACACAUGGAAGCUGCCGACAACGUGCGGUUUCUCUCCACCGUGGAGCGCCACUUCAAGAACAUCACGCACGGAUCCGGAUUCCACGUUGUCCUGGAGACCAUUCCCUCCAUGAUGAGUGCCCUGCGGAUGGUGUGGAUCAUCUCCCGACACUACAACAAAGAUGAGAGGAUGAUCCCCCUCAUGGAGCGCAUCGCCUGGGAAAUUGCCGAGAGGGUCUGCAAAGUUGUCAAUUUGCGGACUCUGUUCAAGGAAAAUCGGGCCAGUGCACAGCACAAAACCGCGGAGGCCAGGAACACCCUUACCUUGUGGAAGAAGGCCUAUUUCGAUGUGCGGGCCAAGAUCGAGGCUUCAGGGAGAGAAGCACGGUGGGAGUUUGACAGGAAGCGGCUGUUUGAGAGAACAGAUUACAUGGCGACCAUCUGCCAGGACCUCUACGACAUUCUGCAGGUGAUAGAGGAAUUUUACAACAUAUUUGGUCCAGAGCUAAAGGCGGUGACCGGGGAUCCCAAGCGCAUUGAUGACGUCCUGUGCCGGGUGGACAGCCUGGUCAGCCCCAUGGAGAGCCUGACCUUCGACCCCUUCAGUAUCAAGUCCUCCCAGCACUGGAAAUACGUGAUGGACGACUUCAAGAUUGAAGUUCUGAUGGACAUAGUGAAUACACUGUUUGUUCAAAACCUCGACAACCCCCCUCUAUAUAAGAAUCAUCCUCCAGUAGCAGGUGCAAUAUACUGGGAACGAUCUCUCUUCCAUCGGAUUAAACACACCAUCCUCAGAUUUCACGAGGUCGAGGAGAUACUGGACAGUGAUCGAGGAAGGGAAGUAAAAGAAAUGUAUCUGGAGGUGGGUAGGAGAAUGAAGCAGUAUGAAGACAGAAAGUAUGAUCAGUGGAGAGAGCUGACGGAGCAGAUCCUCCCAACUCUUAUGAAGAAGAGUCUGCUUACCAAGUCUUCCUCCAUUACUGACGAGGCAGCCGCCUCUGAACGGGGGGCCGUGUUUGUCAUAAAUUUUUCACCUGCUCUCAGAGAGAUUAUUAACGAAACAAAGUACUUGGAACAGCUGGGAUUCACAGUCCCUGAAUUAGCGAGAAAUGUUGCGCUCCAGGAGGACAAAUUCCUCAGGUACACAGAUGGAAUACAGCGGAUGUUGGAUCAUUAUCACAUGCUCUUAGGAACCUUAAACGAGGCGGAGGCCCUCCUUCUCGAUGAUCAUUCCCAGGAAUUGGUCAAAGUGUUUAGAUCUGGAUAUAAGCGGUUAAACUGGAACUCACUAGGUAUCGCUGACUACAUAACUCGAUGCAAACAGGCCAUUGGGAAAUUUGAGUCCCUUGUGCAUCAGAUCCAUAAGAAUGCAAAUGACAUUUCCUCCAGGCUUACAUUAAUAGAGGCCAUAAAUCUCUUUAAAUAUCCAGCAGCUAAAAACGAGGAAGAACUCCCAGGUGUGAAGGAAUUCUUUGAGCACAUUGAGCGAGAAAGGGCCAAAGAUCUGGACCACAUGGUCAGGUGGUAUCUUGCCAUUGGCCCUCUGCUGACCAAAGCCGAGGGUCUGGUCAUACACACCAACACUGGCAAGGCUCCCAGGCUGGCCUCCUACUACGAAUAUUGGGAAAAUAGAAUUUAUGAAGUACUGACGAAGCUCAUCCUAAAGAAUUUGCAGUCUUUCAAUUCUCUAAUCUUGGGGAAUGUCCCCUUGUUCCAAACGGAAACCAUCUUGACCGCUCCCGAGAUCAUCCUUCAUCCCAACGCAAACGAAAUCGACAAAAUGUGCGUCCAUUGUGUCCGAAACUGCGUGGAGGUCACCAAGCAUUUUGUUCGGUGGAUGAAUGGCAGCUGCAUAGAAUGCCCUCCUCAGAAAGGGGAAGAAGAAGAACUUGUUAUCAUAAGCUUUUUCAACGACAUUUCUGUGGACCCCCAGAUAAUUGAGCAAGCUGUUAUGAUCCCCCAAAAUAUCCACAGAAUUCUGAUCAAUCUUACGAAGUACCUGCAAAAAUGGAAGCGCUAUAGACCUCUCUGGAAACUGGACAAAGCCAUUGUGAUGGAGAAGUUUGCUGCUAGGAAACCUCCUUGUGUAGCAUAUGAUGAAAAGUUGCAGUUCUAUUCCAAGAUCACCUACGAGGUCAUGCGUCACCCUUUAGUUAAGGACGAGCACUGCAUUAGGCUUCAGCUGGGGCCCCUGGCACGCACCGUGCAGGAAAAUGCCAAGUCCUGGGUGGUUUCUCUUGGGAAACUUCUCAAUGAAUCAGCUAAGGAGGAGCUCAGUAAUCUUCAAGAAGAGAUCGAGUUCUUGGCCAAAAACCUUAAGAAGAGCCCCAGUAACCUUGAAGAUCUCAAGUUUGUCCUUGCAACAAUUGCAGAAAUUAGAAGUAAAUCUUUAGUCAUGGAACUCAGAUACAGGGAUGUCCAGGAGCGAUACCGUACCUUGGCAAUGUACAACAUCUUUCCGACCGAUGCAGAGACAGAGCUGGUUGGAAAGAUCGAGAGCAUGUGGUCAACCCUGUUCAAUGACUCGGUGAAUGUGGAGCGUGCUCUUGGGGGCAUAAAGAGAACUUUUACAGAGAUCACGCGAGGCGAAAUUUUAAGCUUCAGGCAGCAGGUAGUGAAAUUUGCAAGUUGUUUUUAUACUGAGGGCCCCGGUUCUGUCGGUGAGGAUCUUGAUAAAGGAAUAGACCUUUUAGGCACUUUUGAAAGAGAGCUGACAAGACACGAGAAGAACCGGCAGGAGCUGGCAAAUGCUGAGAAGCUCUUCGAUCUUCCCAUUACAAUGUACCCAGAGCUGCUCCAAGUCCAGAAGGAGAUGAGCGGGCUGAAGAUGAUCUACGAGCUCUUCCAGGGACUCAAGGCUGCUAAAGAAGAGUGGUCUCAGACCCUCUGGAUCAACCUGAAUGUUCAGUUUCUCCAGGAAGGGAUUGAUAAUUUUCUCAGAACUCUCAGAAAGUUCCCCAGGUCGGUCCGAGGCCUGUCAGUGUCCUACUAUUUGGAAGCAAAAAUGAAGGCAUUCAAAGACUCGAUUCCUUUACUUUUGGACCUGAAACAUGAAGCACUAAGAGACAGGCAUUGGAAAGAUCUUAUGGAAAAAACAGGCGUCUUUUUUGAAAUGACUGACACAUUCACCUUGGAAAAUAUGUUUGCUAUGGAACUUGACAAGCAUGCAGACGUUCUCAAUGAGAUCGUCACAGCAGCCAUCAAGGAGAUCGCCAUUGAGAAGGCUGUGAAGGAGAUACUGGACACGUGGGAAAAUAUGAAAUUCACCGUGGUCAAGUAUUAUAAAGGCACCCAAGAACGAGGCUACAUCUUGGGAGCUGUUGAUGACAUUAUCCAGUGCCUCGAUGACAACACUUUCAACCUGCAGAGCAUCUCAGGGAGCAGAUUUGUGGGGCCUUUUCUGCAAACUGUUCAUAAAUGGGAAAAAACACUUUCUCUAAUCGGGGAAGUUAUUGAGAUCUGGAUGCUCGUUCAGCGAAAAUGGAUGUACCUUGAAAGCAUUUUUAUUGGUGGAGAUAUAAGAUCCCAACUUCCAGACGAGGCGAAGAAGUUUGACAACAUCGAUAAAGUUUUUAAAAGGAUAAUGGCGGAGACUUUAAAAGACCCCGUGAUCAAGAAGUGCUGUGAAGCCCCGAACCGUCUCAAUGACCUGCAGAACAUCAGCGAGGGCCUGGAGAAGUGUCAGAAGAGUCUGAAUGACUACUUAGAUUCAAAGCGGAACGCCUUCCCAAGGUUCUUCUUCAUCUCCGACGAUGAGCUGCUCAGCAUCCUGGGGAACAGCGACCCGCUCUCUGUCCAGGAGCACAUGAUAAAGAUGUAUGACAACAUAGUGGCCCUGAGGUUCAACGAUGGGGACAGUGGGGAGAAGCUCGUGUCGGCUAUGAUCUCAGCGGAGGGAGAAGUCAUGGAGUUCCGCAAGGUCAUCCGGGCAGAGGGGCGUGUGGAGGACUGGAUGACAGCGGUUCUCAACGAGAUGAGAAGAACAAACAGACUGAUUACCAAAGAGGCUAUCUUUAGAUACUGUGAAGACAGAAGCAGAGUCGACUGGAUGCUCAUGUACCAAGGCAUGGUGGUGCUGGCCGCGAGCCAGGUGUGGUGGACCUGGGAGGUGGAGGAUGUGUUCCGCAAAGUGAAGCAAGGGGAAAAGCAGGCCAUGAAGAACUAUGGCAAGAAAAUGCACCAGCAAAUUGAUGAGUUGGUAACUCGGAUUACUAUGUCCUUGAGCAAAAAUGACAGGAAAAAGUACAACACCGUUCUCAUCAUCGACGUGCAUGCCAGAGAUAUAGUUGAUUCUUUCAUAAGAGGCAGCAUUCUUGAGGCCCGGGAGUUUGAAUGGGAAAGCCAACUACGGUUCUACUGGGACCGAGAACCAGAUGAACUGAACAUCCGCCAGUGCACGGGGACCUUCGGCUACGGUUACGAGUACAUGGGUUUGAAUGGGAGGCUGGUCAUCACUCCGCUUACGGACCGGAUUUACCUAACUCUCACUCAGGCGCUGUCCAUGUAUCUGGGUGGGGCUCCUGCUGGCCCAGCAGGUACUGGCAAAACCGAGACCACCAAGGACCUUGCCAAAGCCUUGGGCUUGCUCUGCGUUGUGACCAACUGUGGUGAAGGCAUGGAUUACAAAGCAGUUGGGAAGAUUUUCUCUGGCCUGGCCCAGUGUGGGGCGUGGGGCUGCUUCGAUGAAUUUAAUCGGAUCGAUGCCUCUGUGCUCUCGGUGAUCUCGUCUCAGAUUCAGACAAUCCGAAACGCUCUGAUUCACCAGUUCACCACGUUCCAGUUUGAGGGGCAGGAGAUCACCCUGGACUCGCGAAUGGGCAUCUUCAUCACCAUGAACCCUGGCUACGCGGGCCGCACAGAGCUGCCCGAGUCGGUGAAGGCCCUCUUUCGGCCCGUGGUGGUGAUUGUGCCUGACAUGCAGCAGAUCUGCGAGAUCAUGCUCUUCUCAGAGGGCUUCCUGUGGGCCAAGACUCUGGCCAAAAAGAUGACUGUCCUGUACAAGCUGGCCCGGGAGCAGCUCUCCAAGCAACAUCAUUAUGAUUUUGGGCUCCGAGCCCUGAAGUCGGUGCUGGUUAUGGCUGGCGAGCUGAAAAGGGGCUCCUCUGACCUUAGGGAGGAUGUGGUGCUGAUGAGGGCCCUGCGAGACAUGAACUUGCCCAAGUUUGUGUUUGAAGAUGUCCCUCUUUUCCUUGGUUUGAUUUCUGACUUGUUUCCUGGACUCGACUGCCCGCGCGUUCGCUACCCUGAUUUCAACGACGCCGUGGAGCAGGUGCUGGAGGAGAAUGGCUACAUCAUCUUACCAGUUCAGGUGGAUAAAGUGGUUCAGAUGUUCGAGACCAUGUUGACGCGCCACACGACCAUGGUGGUGGGGCCCACGGGAGGGGGCAAGUCGGUGGUCAUCAAUGCUCUGUGUCAGGCCCAGACCAGGCUUGGACUGCUGACAAAGCUGUACAUCCUGAACCCCAAAGCCGUGAGUGUCAUAGAACUCUACGGCAUCCUGGACCCUACCACCCGGGACUGGACAGAUGGAGUGCUGUCAAACAUCUUCAGGGAGAUCAACAAGCCAACUGAUAAGAAGGAGCGAAAGUACAUUUUAUUUGAUGGUGAUGUGGAUGCUCUCUGGGUGGAGAACAUGAACUCUGUGAUGGAUGACAACAAGCUGUUGACGUUGGCCAAUGGGGAGCGCAUUCGGCUUCAAGCACACUGUGCUCUGCUCUUUGAGGUUGGAGAUUUACAGUAUGCCUCUCCUGCAACUGUAUCUCGAUGUGGGAUGGUCUAUGUUGAUCCUAAAAACUUGAAAUAUGAACCAUACUGGAAAAAAUGGGUCAAUCAAAUACAAAACAAGGUGGAGCAAGGCGAUUUACAGCGUCUCUUUGGGAAGUAUGUGCCCUAUCUUAUCGACGUGAUAGUGGAAGGAAUAGUGGAUGGGAGACAAGGAGAGAAAUUGAAGACUAUAGUUCCUCAGACAGACCUAAAUAUGGUAACCCAGUUAACCAAGAUGUUGGAUGUAUUACUAGAAGGGGAAAUAGAAGACCCCGACCUCCUGGAGUGCUUCUUCCUAGAGGCGCUGUACUGCUCUCUGGGAGCCUGUCUGCUCGAGGAUGGCAGGCUGAAGUUUGAUGAGUGCGUUAAACGCAUCGCUUCGCUGUCUGCUGUUGAUGCAGACGAGGUCUGGGCCAAUCCCGGGGAGCUGCCAGGUCAGCUUCCCACCUUGUACGACUUUCAUUUUGAUUCCAAACAGAAGAAAUGGAUCCCAUGGAAUAGACUAGUUCCAGAGUACAUUCAUGUUCAUGAGAAGAAGUUUAUUGACAUCCUCGUUCAUACAGUGGAUACAACCCGCACAACCUGGAUAUUGGAGCAAGUGGUUAAAAUUAAGCAACCUGUUCUUUUCGUUGGUGAAUCAGGUACCUCUAAGACAGCCACUACCCAGAACUUCCUAAAAAAUCUGAAUGAAGAGACAAAUAUUGUGUUGAUAGUCAACUUCUCGUCCCGCACCACAUCCCUGGAUAUCCAAAGAAACUUAGAAGCAAGUGUAGAAAAACGGACCAAAGACACUUACGGCCCACCCAUGGGGAAACGCCUCUUGGUGUUCAUGGACGACAUGAAUAUGCCGAAGGUGGAUGAGUAUGGCACACAGCAGCCGAUUGCCCUGCUUAAACUGCUCUUGGAAAAAGGCUACUUAUACGACCGUGGAAAGGAGCUGAAUUGUAAAAGCAUCCGAGACCUUGGUUUUAUCGCUGCCAUGGGAAAGGCCGGAGGAGGCCGCAAUGAAGUUGACCCGAGAUUUAUCUCGCUAUUCAUUGUCUUUAACGUACCAUUUCCUUCAGAGGAGUCUUUGCAUUUGAUUUAUUCCUCCAUCCUGAAAGGCCAUACCUCGAUGUUUCACGAGAGCAUCAUGGCCGUGAGUGACAAGCUGACAUUCUGCACAUUAGCGCUCUACAAACACAUCGUGCAGGAUCUGCCGCCCACCCCUUCCAAGUUCCAUUACAUCUUUAACCUCCGAGACCUCUCACGGGUUUACAACGGUCUCGUCCUCACUAACCCGGAGCGGUUCCAGGCGGUGCCCCAGAUGGUGAGGGUCUGGAGGAACGAGUGUCUGAGAGUCUUCCACGACCGAUUAAUCAAUGAAACCGACAAGCAGCUGGUCCAAGGCCACAUAGGAAACUUGGUUGAGGAGCAUUUUAAUGAUGACCUGGAGGUGGUAAUGAGGGACCCCAUCCUGUAUGGAGACUUCCGGAUGGCUCUGCACGAAGAGGAAGCACGCGUUUAUGAAGACAUCCAGGACUACGAGGCAGCGAAGGCUCUGUUCCAGGAAAUUCUUGAAGAGUAUAAUGAAAGUAACACCAAGAUGAACUUGGUUCUUUUUGACGACGCUCUGGAGCACUUGACUCGUGUGCACCGUAUUAUUCGGAUGGACCGUGGCCAUGCCCUGCUGGUCGGGGUCGGUGGCUCGGGGAAGCAGUCUCUUGCCAGACUGGCUGCUUUCACAGCAGGCUACGAGGUCUUCGAGAUCCUUCUGAGCCGAGGGUACUCUGAGAACACUUUCCGCGAAGAUCUGAAGAACCUGUAUCUGAAGCUUGGGACUGAGAACAAGAUGAUGAUUUUCCUGUUCACAGAUGCCCAUGUGGCAGAGGAGGGCUUCCUGGAACUCAUCAACAACAUGCUGACUUCAGGAAUCGUGCCAGCGCUUUUCACAGAAGAUGAGAAGGAGUCCAUCCUAGGUCAGAUUGGCCAAGAAGCUUUGAAGCAAGGGACGGGGCCAGCCAAGGAGUCCGUGUGGCAGUACUUUGUGAACAAGAGCGCCAACAACCUGCACAUCGUCCUGGGCAUGUCGCCGGUCGGGGACACCCUGAGGACCCGGUGCAGAAACUUCCCAGGUCUGGUGAAUAACACUGGCAUUGACUGGUUCAUGCCCUGGCCUCCACAGGCCCUGCAUGCAGUCGCUAAAUCAUACCUAGGGAAUAACCUGAUGAUUCCAGCAGAAAACAUAGAAGAGCUGGUCAAGCACGUUGUUUUGGUCCACGAAUCCGUGGGCGAAUUCAGCCAACAGUUUCUACAGAAACUGAGACGCAGUAACUACGUCACCCCCAAGAACUACCUUGAUUUUAUUAACACGUACUCAAAAUUACUGGACGAGAAAACUCAAUAUAACAUAGCUCAAUGUAAGCGUCUGGAGGGCGGGCUGGACAAGCUGAAGGAGGCCACCAUCCAGCUGGACGAGCUGAACCAGAAGCUGGCCGAGCAGAAGAUCGUGCUGGCAGAGAAGUCCGCUGCCUGUGAGGCCCUGCUGGAGGAGAUUGCCACCAACACAGCCAUUGCGGAGGAGAAGAGGAAACUGGCCGAAGAAAAAGCCAUGGAGAUAGAGGAGCAGAACAAGGUCAUCGCGGCGGAGAAGGCCGAGGCAGAGACGGCGCUGGCUGAGGUCAUGCCCAUCCUGGAGGCCGCCAAGCUGGAGCUGCAGAAGCUGGACAAGUCCGACGUGACGGAGAUUAGGUCUUUCGCUAAGCCCCCUAAGCAGGUGCAGACGGUCUGUGAAUGCAUCCUCAUCAUGAAGGGGUAUAAGGAACUCAACUGGAAAACCGCCAAGGGCAUGAUGUCCGACCCCAACUUCCUGAGGUCUCUGAUGGAGAUCGAUUUUGACUCAGUCACCCAGAGCCAAGUUAAGAACAUUAGAGGUCUCUUGAAGACGCUCAACACCACAAUUGAAGAAAUGGAAGCUGUGAGCAAAGCAGGCUUGGGAAUGCUGAAAUUUGUUGAAGCUGUCAUGGGCUACUGUGACGUUUUUAGAGAAAUCAAGCCCAAAAGAGACAAGGUGGCCAGGCUGGAGCGGAACUUCUACCUGACUAAACGGGAGCUGGAAAGGAUCCAGAAUGAGUUGGCCAUGAUCCAGAAAGAACUGGAAGCUUUGGGGGCCAAAUAUGAGGCAGCCAUAUUGGAAAAGCAAAAGCUACAGGAAGAAGCCGAAAUCAUGGAGAGACGGCUGAUUGCAGCCGACAAACUCAUCUCAGGUCUCGGGUCUGAAAACAUCAGGUGGCUGAAAGACUUGGACGAGCUGAUGCACCGCCGAGUGAAGUUACUAGGAGACUGCCUGCUGUGCGCGGCUUUCCUGAGCUAUGAAGGCGCCUUUACAUGGGAGUUCCGGGACGAGAUGGUCAAUCAAGUUUGGCAGAAUGAUAUCCUGAAGCGGGGGAUUCCCCUGAGCCAGCCUUUUAGAUUAGAGAGCUUACUCACGGACGAUGUCGAGAUUAGCAGGUGGGGCUCCCAGGGGCUGCCGCCUGACGAGCUCUCCAUCCAGAAUGGCAUCCUCACCACCAGGGCCAGCCGCUUCCCCCUGUGCAUCGACCCCCAGCAGCAGGCCCUCAACUGGAUCAAGAGGAAGGAGGAGAAGAACAACCUGCGGGUUGCCUCCUUUAAUGACCCUGACUUCUUAAAGCAGCUGGAAAUGUCUAUAAAGUAUGGGACUCCUUUCCUGUUCCAUGAUGUUGAUGAGUAUAUCGAUCCCGUUAUUGAUAACGUCCUAGAAAAGAACAUAAAAGUCUCCCAAGGACGGCAGUUUAUCAUACUUGGAGACAAGGAAGUUGACUAUGACUCAAAUUUCAGACUGUAUCUCAACACCAAACUGGCCAAUCCCAGAUACACCCCGUCAGUGUUUGGGAAGGCGAUGGUGAUCAAUUAUACUGUUACACUGAAAGGCCUUGAGGAUCAGCUGCUGAGUGUGCUGGUGGCCUAUGAGAGGAGAGAGCUGGAAGAGCAGAGGGAACACCUCAUCCAGGAGACGAGUGAGAACAAGAACCUGCUGAAGGACUUGGAAGACUCCCUCCUUCGGGAACUGGCCACUUCCACGGGGAAUAUGUUGGACAAUGUCGAGCUGGUGCAAACCCUGGAGGAGACCAAGUCCAAGGCUACAGAGGUGUCAGAGAAGCUCAAGCUGGCAGAGAAGACGGCCCUGGACAUUGACAGGCUGCGAGACGGCUACCGGCCGGCCGCCAGGAGGGGAGCUAUCCUCUUCUUCAUCCUGUCUGAGAUGGCCCUGGUCAACUCCAUGUACCAGUACUCCUUGAUCGCCUUCCUAGAGGUCUUUGGCUUGUCACUGAAGAAGUCCUUGCCUGAUUCCAUUCUCAUGAAGCGAUUAAGGAACAUCAUGGACACGUUGACCUUCAACAUCUAUAACUAUGGGUGUACAGGGCUGUUUGAGAAGCACAAGUUACUCUUCUCUUUCAACAUGACCAUCAAGAUAGAGCAAGCAGAAGGGAGAGUGCCCCAAGAAGAAUUAGGUUUCUUUUUAAAAGGAAACAUUUCCCUGGAGAAAAGCAAACGAAAAAAGCCCUGUGCCUGGCUGUCCGACCAGGGAUGGGAAGAUAUCAUUCUUCUAUCAGAAAUGUUUUCCCAGGACUUUGGGAGUCUUCCUGAUGAUGUUGAGAAACACCAGGCUGUCUGGCAGGAUUGGUACGACCUGGAUUCGCUCGAGCAGGUUCCUUUCCCCUUGGGUUAUGACAAAAACAUCACCCCUUUCCAGAAGUUGCUUAUUCUGCGCUGUUUCCGUGUGGAUCGGGUGUAUCGGGCAGUGACGGACUACGUGACUGUAACAAUGGGAGAGAAGUACGUGCAGCCCCCGAUGAUCAGCUUUGAAGCCAUUUUUGAGCAGAGCACUCCAAACUCGCCCAUCGUGUUCAUCCUGAGUCCCGGCUCUGACCCUGCCAGCGAUCUCAUGAAACUGGCCGAGCGCACCGGGUUUGGAGGAAACCGCCUCAAAUUCCUUGCCAUGGGUCAAGGUCAAGAGAAGGUGGCGCUGCAGCUGCUGGAGACGGCGGUGGCGCGUGGACAGUGGCUGAUGCUGCAGAACUGCCACCUCCUGGUCAAGUGGCUGAAAGAUUUGGAGAAGUCCCUGGAGAGGAUCACCAAGCCUCACCCAGACUUCCGCCUGUGGCUCACCACAGACCCCACCAAGGGCUUCCCCAUUGGGAUUCUGCAGAAGUCCUUAAAGGUUGUCACGGAACCACCCAAUGGGCUGAAACUCAACAUGAGAGCAACUUACUUCAAGAUCUCUCAUGAGAUGCUGGAGCAGUGCCCACACCCGGCGUUCAAGUCCCUGGUCUAUGUGCUGGCAUUUUUCCAUGCGGUGGUGCAGGAAAGAAGAAAGUUUGGGAAGAUUGGAUGGAACGUGUAUUACGACUUCAACGAUUCUGACUUCCAGGUCUGCAUGGAAAUUUUGAAUACGUACUUAACAAAAGCCUUUCAGCAAAAUGACCCUAGGAUCCCGUGGGCCAGCCUCAAGUACCUAAUUGGAGAGGUCAUGUAUGGAGGACGGGCCAUUGACAGCUUUGAUCGCCGCAUCCUGACCAUCUACAUGGACGAGUACCUGGGAGAUUUCAUUUUUGAUACUUUCCAACCAUUCCACUUCUUCAGGAACAAAGAAGUGGACUAUAAAAUCCCCCCGGGUGAUAUAAAGGAAAAAUACGUAGAAGCCAUCGAGGCACUGCCUCUCGCCAACACGCCCGAGGUGUUUGGUCUGCACCCCAAUGCUGAGAUUGGGUACUACACGCAGGCAGCCCGCGACAUGUGGGCUCACCUGCUGGAGCUGCAGCCACAGACUGGGGAAUCCAGCAGUGGCAUCAGCCGCGAUGAUUACAUUGGCCAGGUGGCCAAGGACAUCGAAAACAAGAUGCCCAAAGUGUUUGACAUGGACCAGGUCCGGAAGCACCUUGGGGUGGGCAUCUCCCCCACCUCAGUGGUGCUCCUGCAGGAGCUGGAGCGCUUCAACAAGCUGGUGAUCCGGAUGUCCAGGUCCCUGGCUGAACUGCAGAGGGCCUUGGCUGGAGAAGUCGGAAUGAGCAACGAGUUAGAUGAUGUAGCCAAGUCGCUUUUUAUUGGGCAAAUCCCGAAUAUCUGGAGAAAGCUUGCCCCUGACACCUUAAAGACCCUUGGAAACUGGAUGGUUUACUUCCUGCGCCGGUUCAGCCAGUACACAUCAUGGGUCACGGAGGGUGAGCCCGGUGUGAUGUGGCUCUCGGGCCUGCACAUCCCAGAGUCUUACCUCACGGCGCUGGUGCAGGCCACCUGCCGGAGGAACGGCUGGCCACUGGACCGCUCCACCUUGUUCACACAGGUGACCAAGUUCCAGGACGCAGACGAAGUGAACGAGCGGGCAGGACAAGGCUGCUUCGUCUCAGGCCUGUAUCUAGAAGGUGCAGACUGGGACAUAGAAAGGGGCUGUCUCGUCAAGAGCAAACCCAAGGUGCUGGUGGUCGACCUGCCCAUUCUGAAGAUUAUCCCCAUCGAAGCCCACCGCCUCAAACUGCAGAACACCUUCCGGACACCCGUCUACACCACCUCCAUGAGGAGGAACGCCAUGGGAGUGGGCUUGGUGUUCGAAGCCGAUCUCUUCACCACGCGGCACAUCUCUCACUGGGUGCUGCAAGGCGUGUGCCUCACCCUGAACUCUGACUAG